CCGAAACCCCCACUCAAUCCCAGUCCAAGGCCAAGCCGAUGCUAGAACAAGAGAGAAGGAGAAGAGAGUGAGACAGAGAUUGCGGCGAGGGAGAGAUAGAUACACAAGGAAGGGAACCAGAAGCAGAGCAACACGCGGAGGGGAUGGGCGACCUGGCACACUCCCGUGGCUGCUGCCCACGCGACCCGCCCAUGUAAAUCUCCCAAAUCUCACUCGCCAGAACCCCACUCCCCUCCCCGAUACCUGUCGCGGUCAGCAUAUCCCACCCGGACCGCCGAGGAAGGAAGAGGAGGUCAGCAUUGCGAGGUCGGGCACGGCGGCGCCAGGAAUGAAGGGGGGCGGCGGCGGCGGCGGCGGCAAGGAGACCGUCACCGGCUCCUUCCUCCGCUUCCUCCUCCUGCUCCUCCUCCCCCUCACCGCCCUCUAUUUCUUCUACACGCUCCACCUCCUCCUCGCCUCCGCCGCCUCCUCGUCCUCCGCCGCCUCCUGCCCGCCGGACUCCGCCGCGGUCACCUCCCGCGUCUCCACCAACCGCACCGCCGCGGCCGUGGUCGACAACAAGGCCGCGGCGUCCACGGCCACGACGCUGCAGCACGUGGUGUUCGGCAUCGCGGCGUCGUCGCGGUUCUGGGACAAGCGCAAGGAGUACAUCAAGGUGUGGUGGCGCCCGCGCAGCGCCAUGCGCGGCUACGUCUGGCUGGACCGCGAGGUGCGGGAGUCCAACAUGUCCACGGCGCGGACGGGGCUCCCGGCCAUCAAGAUCUCCUCCGACACCUCCGCCUUCCCCUACACGCACCGCCGCGGCCACCGCUCCGCCAUCCGCAUAUCCCGCAUCGUCUCCGAGACCUUCCGCCUCGGCCUCCCCGGCGUGCGCUGGUUCGUCAUGGGCGACGACGACACCGUCUUCUUCCCGGACAACCUGCUCACCGUCCUCAACAAGUUCGACCACCGCCAGCCCUACUACAUCGGCUCCCUCUCCGAGAGCCACCUGCAGAACAUCUACUUCUCCUACGGGAUGGCGUACGGCGGCGGCGGGUUCGCCAUCAGCAGGCCGCUGGCGGAGGCGCUCGCGCGGAUUCAGGACGGCUGCAUCCGCCGAUACCCGGCGCUCUACGGGAGCGACGACCGGAUCCAGGCGUGCAUGGCGGAGCUGGGGGUGCCGCUCACCAAGCACCCGGGGUUCCACCAGUACGACGUCUACGGGGACCUCCUGGGCCUCCUGGCGGCGCACCCGGUGGCGCCGAUCGUGACGCUGCACCACCUGGACGUCGUGCAGCCGCUCUUCCCCAACGCGCCCGCGCGGCCGGCGGCGGUGCGGAGGCUGUUCAACGGGCCCGUGAAGCUGGACCCGGCGGGGAUAAUGCAGCAGUCCAUCUGCUACGACGGGGCCAACCGGUGGACGGUGUCGGUGGCGUGGGGGUUCGCCGUGCUGGUGUCGAGGGGGGUGACCUCGCCGCGGGAGAUGGAGAUGCCGGCGCGGACGUUCCUCAACUGGUACCGGCGAGCCGACUACACGGCGUACGCGUUCAACACGCGGCCCCUGGCGCGCACGCCGUGCCACAAGCCCGCCGUGUACUACCUGUCGUCGGCGCGCGGCGCGGAGGCCGCGCUCGGCGGGGAGACAACGGUGACGCGCUACGACCGGUGGCGCCCCGCGAACGAGACGCGGCCCGCGUGCCGUUGGAACAUCACCGACCCGGACGCGCAUCUCGAUCACAUCGUCGUGCUCAAGAGGCCCGACCCCGGGAUAUGGGACCGGUCGCCGAGGAGGAAUUGCUGUAGAGUGCUGUCGUCGCCGAAGGUGGGGAAGGAGGGGAAGAAGACGAUGACCAUCGACGUGGGCGUAUGCAGGGACGGCGAGUUCAGCCAAGUAGUCUAGCGGACUAGCCUGUUAGGAAAAUACUGUAGGACGAUUCAAUAUCAUUUUUUUCUCUCUUCUUGUAUUCUUGCUGGAGGUACGUAUAACAAACAAGGGCCUCGUUUGGCCAUCUCCUGCC